AUGGCCGCCCGCCUGCUGCCCGCUGUCAAGUCAGAACACAAACUGAACUGUUGUGCUUUCAAUUCUUUCAGGUUUCUGAUCAAAGGAGGCCUGGCUGGAGCUGCUGUGUAUGUGGCAUAUGACCAGGGGCUGCUGGGCAGUGGCACAGAAGGUGCUGCAGCACUCAAAAAAGCUCAGGAAACGCUGCCUCCAGCUAUCCAAGAGUGGACAAAUUACCUGGGCUGGGAGCUCCCACCCACUCCAAAAUUUGACUUUUCCAUCUCUAAUUACUGGAAUAAAGGAGUGCACUCAGUCAUGUCUGCCUUGUCUGUAGCUCCCACCAGGGCCUGUGAAUACACAGUGGAAGGCUGGAAAUACAUGAAGGAUCUUGUGAAAUAAACACAUUCUCCAGGGUUCAGGAUUCUCAGUCCACCCCUCUGGAGGGCAGCUUGGCUGUGUCAGGGCUACAAUAAAAGACUUUGGAAGUUC